AUGCCUCCGGCUCCCGAAGCUCGCAUAGGUGAAACAUUGGAUGAUUCCUUGCAAUUUAUUUCUGUCAUUGGCGUUGGUGCAUAUGGUGUCGUUUACAAAGCAGAAGAUCUUUACGAUGGUACGCUGUAUGCAGUCAAGGCCCUGUGCAAAGACGGCCUAGAUGCAAAGCAAAAACUGUUACAGUCAAAAGAACUAUAUUUACAUGCGCGCGUACAAUCUCAUCCUAAUAUUCUGUCUUUAUACCGUGUCUUAGACACUGAAGAUACAAUCUAUGUGGUUUUGCAAUACUGCCCUGACGGCGACCUAUUUACCUGCAUCACCGAGAAGAGUCUAUACCGCGGCAAUGACUUGUUGAUAAAACACGUCUUUAGUCAGCUCAUCAGCGCUGUGCAACACUGCCACUCCGUUGGCAUCUACCAUCGUGAUUUGAAGCCCGAAAAUAUCCUCGUAGACGAUGAAGGGCGUACGGUUUACUUGGCCGACUUUGGUCUCGCAACCACAGAUGAACUCUCAAGUGACUAUGGUUGCGGCAGUUUAUUUUACAUGUCUCCGGAAUGUCAGCGUGAGUCGUCCAACCCAAACGCGCUUUCCUCUGUAGGCUAUCAAGUUUAUACACCAUUGACGAACGAGUCAUCUGAGAAACCUUCCUCCGCGUUUGGCACGGCACCGAACGAUGUAUGGGCGCUAGGCAUUAUACUCAUCAAUCUGUGUUGCCAAAGAAAUCCAUGGAAACGUGCAUGUUCCCAAACAGAUGGCACGUAUCGUUCGUACGUGCAAAAUCCGUCGACGUUGUUAACCAUUCUCCCGAUAAGUCGAGAACUGAAUUCCUUGUUAAAUCGCAUAUUUGAUCGAAACCCAAAAACAAGGAUAGGUUUAUUGGAGCUUUCAACGGUAGUCAGUAAUUGUAAAACGUUUACGCGAAGAAUGCGUCCAGCUCCCCUAGUCUCGUCAAAAUACCUUGCCUACCAACGUCAACAACAGCAGGAAAUUAGAAAUUUGCAAGAAUCGAAUGGCUAUGUGAAUUCGGCAUAUGCCUCGAAUCCACACAUUGGCCUUCCUUGGCCUCCUACACCUCAUCUCCCAAAUCAAUGGAAGUCACCGUACACACCCACACUCCCUGUUCCCUAUCCGGUACUGACGCCAAACUCUGCUACCCCUUCCGAAUACAAAGUGCCCAUUACAGCGCCAUUAUUUGCAACCGAUGCGAAUUGGCCUUGUCAUAAUUCACCAGGUGGAAAUUACCUUCCUCCUACACCUGUUCCAUCCCAAAAUGAAUCUGACCUUUUAGGAUACCCGGCACAAAGAGCACCUGCGGUAGCCGCUUCUCCGUAUGCCGCUGGAUUUGUAUUGUGUCCAGCGCCGCCGGGUCGAAGCCCGAAUGUGAUGAAUGCACCGCGGAAGUCACUUUGA